CGCUAUCAAGUAUGAUUUUGUUAGGGCUAUUAGAAUUAGGUCACCCCUGCUGGCUCUCCAAGUCCAACGGCUAGUGGGUACAAUGCAAGCAGCAAAGCAACAAUCAUGGCAAAUCAAAAUUAAUGCCAGAGGCAGAGCCAACAAAUUCCAUUUCAAAUUCAAAGCAUCAAAAAUCAACUCCACUUGGAAAUUCCUCAAAUUCUCUCUCUUUCUCAGACUCCACCAAUUUCUUCUCCAAGUAAAAUCAGAUUCCACUCCUACCCAACAAAAAUCCACUCUCAAAUCUAAAUUCCUCAAAUUUUUUCGAAAAUUUAGAGCUCCAAGAACCAAAAAACAAUCAAUUGCAGAAGAGAAAAACUCAGUUCUCCAGUACCCAGAAAGCAAAGUUUCCGCAGAUCCACUUUCAAGGUCGACAAAUGAGGAGUUGUUCGUUGGAAUUCUUGCAUUAUUAUCUUUAUUUUUCAAGAAUUCUGGGAUUGUAAAGGCCAGAACUUCAAUGGUGUUCUUGAUAGUUACACUAGUAAUUAGUGCAACUAUGCUUCCUUGGGACAAGUAUAUUUAUCACGGGACUAAAGAUUAUGCGUUCCAAUUAGUUUGGAAGGCAUGGAACUAUGCUGCAUCUUCUUUAUGGUUUUCCAGGUAAACUUCUCAAGGCUUUGUCAAUCUGUUGGUGUCAAUUUCAGGACCAAAAUUUUGGAUCGCUGUAAAUGUAUUUAUGCAGAGAAUGGCAGAGGAUUUCCCAUAGAACACUCGUAUUGCUAGUUUGCCACAAAAUGGAUGUAUCUCGUUUAAUUUAAUUUUAAUUUGUAAUAUAUUUGAUUCCUUGAAUAAACUUCCACAGUCUUUUGUCCAAACA